UUUCGCGUCGACAGACGUAGUUCGUCACAGGAUUUGUUUAGUUGAAUGCCGGCUUCUUACGCUUGCAGUUCCUGCGCCCUUUAUCGGUCAUUUAUACAUCAAUUUAAGACCUCCUAAAUGUGAAUCCUUCUACUUGUGGUGCCCAACAAAGACUCCAGUCAUCAUGCCUUAUUGCUGCGUGCUGCAAUGUGAGUCAAGCACUCAAUGCCGACGUCAAGGCUUAUCGUUUCAUGAACUGCCGGUCGACAGUAGCUUACGUGAAAGAUGGCUUGAGGCUAUUCCUAGGGAGAACUGGAUGCCCACGCUAACUUCAAACUGCUCGGUAGUUUGCAGUUUGCACUUUCGGGAGUGCGAUUUUCGAGAAAGCUGUAAAACACGACGUCGACUUAAGCCUGGAGCGGUGCCCAGCUUGUUUAGCGAGUGCUUUUCGCAAAAGCCGGAAGACGGGUGUGCCAGAGCGGAAAAGCGCAAGCGAGAUUCGUCGCCCACAGGCGCGCUUGGCUGCAUACUGCCUUCUAAAACCAAAGUACUCUGUUCGCAGCCACACCAUGAACAGGUAGCAGAGAAAAACGUCAAUGAGGACCCUUCUGGAACUGCCACAGCUGAAUUUUACCCAAUAGCUGUUCCUGGCUGCAGUUUGGAACUUGUCGAGCGACACCAAGAACGACCCGCUAUGAGUGACUUUUCGUUUGACGUGGCAGCCAGUAAACAUAUACUAAACGAAGACUCAGUACCAAAUCAGAGCCGUAGCUGUACUACUAUGACUGGUUCCUUGCCAUCUAGAGGCUUACGAGCUAAUUCAGAAAAUGAUGGCACGCAUUUCUCAGAGCCUGAAGAUCAGAGCGCUCCAACAGUUCCAGUAAAGUUUGCAUGCAAGAAGAAGAAAAGGCAACCAACAAAGGCUUUGCGCUCGUUCAAGACGCAAACAAAAUGGGACUCAAACACUUCAAGCAUGUUUCUAGAAAGAAAACGAUGGCGACGAAAAGAACGUGCGCUGCGAGCAGGAAAUGAUAAAUUGCGAAGAACUGUAGAUGCCUACAAAGAAGAACUUCGAAAACUGAAAGAAGAGUGCUACGUCUCUGCAUUUUUAGAAGUUGUGGCUGACGCCGAGGAGGGGACGGCAAAAGCAGUGCUGCUUCUGGACCAAGUAAAAAAUUAUAAAAGGAAAACACCACGCUGGUCGGAAAUAACAAUCAGGCAUGGCAUCGUACUGCGACACCUCUCAACAAAAGCAUACGAAUACUUGAGGUGCGAAGAGCUUCUCAAGCUACCUUGCAGAACAACGUUACAAAAAUAUUUUGGUACUACGUCCGGUGAAGUCGGUUUCAGCGAGUUAGUUCGCUCCCGCCUGGAAGCAGAGCUUAAUAGUCUGGACACACCACAGUCAAAAGUAUGUAGCCUCGUUGUUGACGAGAUGAGAAUUAAACAAAAGCUGCUCUACCACAAACAAAGGGACGCGUUCGUUGGUGAUGUCGACCUAGGUCCUGACCUCGACUACCUCGCUCCUGCAGCUGAAGGCUGAACAUCUGGCGAAUUCACUGCUGUGUUUUUUUAUUUGUGGCCUGCACGCAAGAUAUAAGAUACCUGUCGGUUAUUUCUUCACCAAAGGUUGCACCGGGGACCAGCUCGCCGAGGUCAUUCGCCACGUCGUCAUCAAAACAGCCAGCAUUGGUUUUGAGAUUAUCAGAGUUGUAACCGACAACCACAAAAUUAACGUAACCGCUAUGGAAAUUCUGAGUGGAGGAGAAGCAAAAACAUGGGCACCGCAUUCGGCAGAUCCAUCAAUGGAUAUAUUUUUCGCAUUCGACCAGAGCCAUGUUAUAAAGAACGUCAGGUCUCAAUUCCUUGCCAAGGAAUUUGGUGAAAACAAAGAAAUUUCAUCAAAGUUUAUCAAAAUGCUCUACAAGAUGCAAAGGCAGUCAACAGUGCGGCCAAUCAGAUUUCUCACAAGGAAGCACGUUUUCCCUUCGAAUAUCGAAAAAAUGAAUGUGAAAACGGCCGUGCUGCUAUUUUCUCCAGCAGUAACCGCAGCACUAAAUUACCUCAAGGAUCAGGCAGGUCACAGCUGCGAUGCCGACUUUGCAUCCGUGGGGCCAACUGUCGAGUUCAUGGAAGUCUUCCACAAGUGGUUCACAUGCAUGGACGUGAGCAAUCUUCAGCAGCACAUCCAUCGCAAUGACGCAGAUGCUCGUCAGUUUUCUGAAAUUGAUGACCCAAGGCUGGACUGACUUGAGGGCGAGUUUGUUUCUUACAUUGAACAAUUGCAAACUAAAAGCCGCGCUGAAAACUUCCUGAGUAAGGAAACGCACCAUGCGCUUGUCUUCACAACAGCGUCAAACGUGGAAUGUAUUCGGUUCCUUCUUUCUGACAAGAAAUUUAAAUUUGUGCUUACGCGCAAAUUCUCAAGUGACCCCAUUAAGGCCAUGUUUGGAUUUCUGCGGCGUAGCUCCGGCUGCAACGAUGCUCUGGAUGUGAAAAGCGCAGUGUGUGGAAUAGAAAAGAUGCUCAAGACCGGCAUCGUCGCCUCCUCCGCCCAAAGCAACGUGAGAAGCUCGACAUCGUUCUCAUCAGCACAGCUUCUACCAGUUUAUCAGACUCCCACAAAGACCACAAGUACUGCUGAAAAGGCUUUAGACGUGGCGGUAGAUAGGCUAAAAGAACAGUGCCUCUCAGACGCGCCAUUGCCGUCAAAUCCAGAUGUCGCCAGCGUGGCGAUGGUCGGGGGAUUCAUUGUGAGAGCAGCAAGCGAAAACAUCCCCUGCGCCGAAUGCAUUGCACUGCUGCAAGGUACUAAAGCGAACACUCCCCUCCUUGGCCUCAUCGCACACCAAGAUCGCGGGGGGCUCAUGUAUCCAAGCCAAGAACUUGUGAAACUUCUGACAUGCCUCAGGAAAUUUGUCGACAGCGUGCUUCCGC